AACAAAUGUGGUUCACAAAAAAUCCAUAGUGAUCCAUAUAGAGGUUGCUCAUCAUCUCUCCACAGGUCAAGCCAUUUGAGAGAGAUAGAGAUGGGUGGUGGUGGUGGAGCUAAGGAGGAGAUGGCGGUGGUGGAGAGCAGAGAGUGGUAUUUAUCUUCCUAUGUACCAGAAGGUGUUCCAACGUCUGAUCAUAUCAAACUCCGUACAGUAAGCUUAUCAGUAGACGUUGAUUCAAUCCCUGAUCAACAUGUGGCGAUUCAGCUCCUGUGGAUCUCUAUAGAUCCAUAUAUACGGUCCAGAAUGACCGGUCAUGACGAUGGGCUAUAUUUUCCCCAGUUUAACCUCAAUCAGGUAAUAACUGAAUUUGGGAUAGGGAGGGUAAUUCGAUCCAAGGACAGUAAUUUCACUGAGGGUGAUAUUGUAAUUAACCCUUUUUCUCCGGUUGCCGAGUAUUGUGUGAUGCCAUCUGCUUUCCUUCGAAAGGCUGAUCCAACGGCUGGGAUUGCGCUGCCAGAUUAUCUUGGUUCUCUUGGAGUGCCUGGGUUUACUGCAUGGGUGGGAAUAGGGGUUCUUGGGAACCCUAGGCCAGGAUCAAAUGUGUUUAUAUCUGCGGCAGCCGGAGGUGUCGGAAUUUUCGCCGGACAGUUGGCAAAGCUUAAAGGGUGUCGAGUCAUCGGAAGCACUGGAUCAGAUGAAAAG